AUGGCGACGAAGGAUACGGCGGCUGCGUCCGGAUCAGAGAUCGAUGAUCUACUCGCGCACCUAGAACUCCGUGAGGAUGAGUUGGAGGAUGUGGUUAUUGGCGAGGAGACCGUGAAGGAAUACCAGAAAGAGGCUAGAUGGCUGGCGAUCGGCAAAGUCCACACAUCAAGAUCGUUUAGCGCAGAUGCUCUGUUUGGCAAGAUGAAGGCUGUCUGGAACUUGUCAAAGGAUCCGAUCUGCCGGGAGGCGGGUGAAAACUUGUUCAUCUUUCAGAUGCACUGUCUUGGAGAUUGGAAAAAGGUCGUUCAUCAGGGGCCGUGGACGUUCCGUGGCUGGGCAGUGCUUGUGGAAGACUAUGAUGGAAGAGAGGAUCCAGAGAAGAUAAAGAUUGGAGGGUUAUACGUCUGGGCGCAAAUUCAUGGGAUCCCGGAAUUAUACAGGAAGCAAGAGGUUGUUGAUGACCUUGCCCGCCGGGUGGGGAAGACGAAGGAAGUCCAGAUGGCACCAAAGUUAUUCUUUGAAGGAAACUAUGUUCGUCUUCGGGUCAUGAUCGAUGUUGGAAAACCAUUGAUGAGGUUUGUGUCACUCUCAGUUCAGGGGGAAGGGAGGAAGAGACUGGCAGUGAAGUAUGAAAAGCUGCCUUAUUUCUGUAAAUGCUGUGGUUUACUUGGACAUGACCAUGAAGAAUGUGGUGACGGAGUUUGGGAGGCAAAAGACCUGCAGUAUGGUGAUUGGAUGAUCGCUGUGCGUCGCAGUUCGAUGAUAUCCACUGAACCCCGUCGCUUCCAACCGCGGGCUCCUAGCCGCGGUGGAUGGUCUGGUCGAGAGCUGGCAAACACUGCAGCAAAGAAAAGAUCAUCCCAAGAUGCAUCGUUAGAUGAUGAGGAGGAGAUUAAAGAUACUGCGGAGAGCCCUCUAAAACCUGGACCUAUGGAGGAGGAUAUCCAUGAUGAUGAAUCUAAGGCGAGGAGGAAACUCCAGAUUGGUGACGCGACCUCGGGCGAUUCUGGGAGCAAUGCCCCGGGCGUAUCCGAGGGUUUGGAACCUAUUCCACCACCGCCACCAGGUUACACAAACCCUCGUGAAAGAACAAAGCAAAGGAGAACAAACCCAGGAACAGACUUGGCAACAUCGGCGGCCUCCCUCGAGGAGGACCGCCGGGCCCAAUGA